UUUUAUUUUCAAUAUAAUUAUUGAAGUAAUUCAACCUUAACAAAAUUGGUAUUUUUCAGUUUCGCAGACAUUGACAGACUUCUUGCUUCGGGUGAAAAUUUCCGUUUCUUUAAGAUACUGUAAAGAUCAAUGUCAAUAGGGUGCAACUAGGCACGAUCGAAAUCGGGACAUUUUUUCUCUGUAUUAUGUGGGCCAAUUUGGGUUUAAACCAGACUAUCGCAAACAUUGUGAAAUCGAUACUGGCAUGAAAACAAAUCUGGACACAUCAGAAUCAGACACGCAGAGUAAAAUCAAUGUAUUCAGCCAUCCAUCCAAGUCUGAUGAAACGAGGUCAUUGAUAAGCAGACUUGAAAAUGGCGGGAGGUGAUAUAGCAAAUGAGGCAUUUGAACUCCUGAAGUCGCGAGGAUGGUAUCUGAAAGAUGUGAACGUUGUACAACAAGUGUUGCAGGAGAUGGACCAACACCCACGGGCAAUGGAAAAAUUCGUUGAGGGCAAACUCCUGGACAUGGAUUUGAAAGCAAUUGGUGACAAGUGCCUGCCCGAUGCAUCUGCUAUGCAACGCCUAUCGCAUCUUCACGGUCCAAAGGUUUUGCAGAUUGUUUCACUGAGGAAUAUACUUGAAAGCAGUAGUAGGGCAGUAGUUACCAAUCAACAACAGCAUGGUCGUCUCUUACGAAUUUGCCUCACUGAUGGACACUCAAAUGUUACUGCGAUAGAGUAUCGUCCUUUUGCAUCCAUUCCAACAGAUUUGGCACCUGGAACUAAGGUUCGUUUGGAGACAACUGCCCCUGUUCAAAGUGGGAUAUUAUUGCUGGAAAAUCAUUCAUUAUGCAUAUUGGGAGGUCGCGUGCAAUCUCUUUAUGAGGAAUGGGAGAUGGAUUGCAAAUAUUCAGGACUCUUUCGUUCUACUCUGAAUUCACCUCAAAAUCAAGGUUCAUCUGGUCCACCACCAUUUGAAAGGAUUGAAAUAUCCACAGUUCAAAGUCAAACUCUUCACAAAUUGCAAGCAUCUACAAGCAUGAACAAACAAAUGGCUAAGCAAACGACAUCAUUUAUAAGGUCUCAGAACACUGCCACAGAGGUUUUGAUGCAUGAUGCAGCUGUUGUGCAGAGUGGCAGAAACCUGCCUGGUACAAGAACAGGUCAAACAAAAGAUGAUGUUGGUUCUUCAAAGAAUGGAAGAGUAACUUCUGAAAGAGUACGAGGUGGAUAUGAACUUUACAGGCCAAAGGCAUCUGAGCAUAGGCCAGGGGAAAAAUCGAAGCCCUCUUCUGAAGCACUGGACAAUUCUUCUCGGUUUUCAAAUUUAGAUAUGGAUGUACUAUCAGGGAAGCAAGAACAGGGGGGUUCUGUAGAGAGUUUGAUAUCUUCUGAACUACAAACUAACGAGUCAAGAAAAAAUGAGAUUCUUGGUGGACAACCUGAUGUGGUAAACCAAAAGACACUAUUAGUCACAGAAGCAGUUCCAGUUCAAAAUCAGGCUGCAGCACAAAAGCUUCUAAAGAAAAUGACUGAUAUGGGCAGGGGAGGUGGAGAAAACAGAAAUGAUAGGUUUGGAAGGUCAAGAGGAAGGCAUAAUGGCAAAGGCAAACGGGAAGAGGCUGCACUAUUAACUUUAGAUGAGUGGGAGAUGCAGAAUGGCAGAACAAAUGCAAUCUCCUGCAGAAAUGAUGAUGUCUCUCAAGAUGCAGAACUAGCAAGACAGCUCCAAACCCAGUUAGAUCUAGAAGCUGCAAAUGUAAGGAUGUCACAUGAAGACGAAGCAGAAAAAAUCCGUAUGAGUGUGUUCAACUUCAGGAAUAUGAGUGACAAUAAUCAAAGCGGUUUAAGGAAACCAAGAGGACGUGGAAGGGGUAAAAGGAGAUUUAAUUGACCAUGUAUAGAGUCUUUCUUGCUGUAGUACCAACGAAACUCUAACAAUUUGGGUACAUCUCUUGUUUCAGUGGAUCUUUUCUUCUUGUGUACUAUAAACUUCAGAGUCAAUGCUUUUGUUAACAGUUGUGCUUAUUUCAAUUUAAACCUGUCAUAUGCACAUUUUGUGAUGAAUCUUCGUUUAUUUUUAAUGUAUAUGUUAUUCUUUAUAA